GAUAGGGUGGUGAUUUCUGUCACUCACGAGGUGGGCGGGCUCUGUGAGGGGCAGCUGUGGAGAGUCCGGGCGGCGGCGGCGCGGCGGCGGCGAAUGAGCCGGGCGGAGCCGGCAGUGGAGGCAGCCGACAGAACCUGGAGUGAUGGCUGCCAUACGCAAGAAACUUGUCAUUGUGGGAGAUGGAGCUUGUGGAAAGACCUGCCUCCUUAUUGUCUUCAGCAAGGAUCAAUUCCCAGAGGUCUAUGUCCCCACUGUCUUUGAGAACUAUGUGGCUGACAUCGAGGUGGAUGGAAAGCAGGUAGAACUUGCCCUGUGGGAUACAGCUGGCCAAGAGGACUAUGACCGCCUGAGACCCCUCUCUUACCCAGAUACAGAUGUCAUCCUCAUGUGCUUCUCCAUUGACAGCCCCGACAGUUUAGAGAACAUCCCUGAGAAGUGGACUCCGGAGGUGAAGCACUUCUGCCCCAAUGUGCCUAUCAUCCUGGUGGGGAACAAGAAGGACCUGCGUAAUGAUGAGCACACACGCCGGGAGCUAGCCAAGAUGAAGCAGGAACCAGUAAAGCCGGAGGAGGGACGUGACAUGGCCAACAGGAUUAGUGCAUUUGGCUACCUGGAAUGUUCUGCGAAGACAAAGGAUGGGGUACGGGAAGUAUUUGAGAUGGCCACCCGGGCUGCCCUGCAGGCCAAACGUGGGCGCAAGAAGACCUCCUGUCAGCUGCUGUAAUUCCUCCCCAGCCUGCCUUCCCUGCCCGCCAGACAAGCCAGUGAGCUGUUAGCUUCUGGGCUUGCCUCUUCCUGAUACCAUGGAUUGGCAUGUCUCCUCAGAGAGGGGGCUUGCUAGAGCUGAGCAGGGCUUCUUCUGGAGCAUGACAAUUAACUAUAGAGGUGGGGUUUGCAGUCUGACCCAGGCUCUUCCCAUCACUGUGCAGGGAUGGCAUUUCCCCCUUCCAUCACAGGCUUCUGACCCCCCUCAUAAAAGGUCAGAAGAUAGCAGUCCCUGAUGAGUCAGUGGGACUUCUAUGCGCUUGCUCACAGCAGUCGUGACUCUCUCAUUGGCAGCCUAUGGCACUACAUUGCUCCUGGCAGUUCCUUUGCAGAAGACUUCUUGCCAAAGUAUGAAAGCCCUUUAUUUCAGUAAUGGUCAGAGCCUUGAAUUAGAAUGUCCAAGCCCCUAUUCAGCGAGGAGCUAUUGACCUGUAAUGAAGUCACUCACUGUGAGUGGAAUCUAGUCCUCCAGCAAUUGGGCAAGCAAUCAUCCUUGCAUCCCUAAUCUUGGCAGACAAACCAAUCCCUUACUGGCUUUUCUGCUCUUUGGGCUAUAGCAGAGCCACUUAGGCACAAGCCCCCUUCCUCAAGGAGAACAUAGCCCAGUUCAAAGGCCACCUAAUUUAGGUUCUCCUAGAGGGUUGUCCCACUAAAGUAGCAUUGGGUCCCUCCACCUUCUCUCUGCCAUCCCAGAAUAGAAUUUUCCCCACUUAAAUAUUUAUCGUUUGACAGCCAAACAGAGCGCUGUUUUUUUCCUUCAAACUGGCCCAGGAGACUGGGCCUUACAGCCUGGCCCCUUUCUAUCAAAAAUCUAUAUUUGUAAGCAGUGGUGCUAUGGGCCAGUUUGUUGCUGUUUGGAAGUUCUCUGGAAAUUCUGUGGCUGGAGUAGCCACUGCCACAACUUCAAGUGCGAAGGGCCUACUCUGUUGCUUCUGUCUUGCUGCUCCCCUCCAUACUCCUGUUUCUCUUCUCUUCCUCCCCCAUACUUACUGAAUUGCCACCGGGGUGUAUGAUUUUGUGUUUAAUUUGUAUUCACAUGUUUAAAAAGUGGUUGUUCCUUUUCAAAAUGUACUUGAAAGACAAAUCUGUAAUAAAUUUGUAGAAAUGUUUAGUA